AUGUCCGGAGCUUCGAGAAUCCUCUUUGCGAGCACGACCCGAGCCCUGGGCGCGCGCACCUUCAGCACGUCCGCGAGACGGAUGGCCGAUGCGGCGCCUCUUCCGGCAAAGCGGCCGAUGGGAGCUUUCCGCGGAGGACUGUUUGGCUUCCUGUUCGGAUGCGUCCUUUCCGGCAGCGCCGUAUACACCUAUCUCGUUCAGGAGUUCAAGGUUUCCAACGACCUGCUCAGCGAGGAUAUUUACGUUCGUCCCACCCCCCCUGAUGUGAUCUAUGCUCUCUCUCGAUGUGUGGCAAUGCCCACACUGGCUCUGGGUUUCGGGUCGGAGAGGCGAUAA